GCAGCUCCGAGGCCCUGCCGCAGGACGUCGUCCACGGAAAGCACACCGUGGAGCACCGGCGGCCGCCCCCAGAGGUCUUCCGCGAGGAGCUGCGGCGAGAAGUGCUCGUGCCGGAGGUCGCCGUCGUUCCGAAGCAGGUCUCUCUGCCAGUGGUUGAGGUGGUUGACAGGAUUAUCGAGGUGCCCGUGCAGGGGUACGAGGAGCUGAUCGUGGAGCACCCCAGGCCCGAGGUCCACGAGAUCGUCAGGCACGUACCGAAGAGGGAGAUCCAGUACAUCGACAGGCGGGUGCCGAAGCCAGUGAUCGAGUACGUCGAGAAGGUGGUGGAUGUGCCCCAGGUCGUGUACGAGGAGCGCAUCAUCGAGGUGCCGCACAUCGAGGUCCGCGAGAUCGUGCGGCAGAUCCCGAAGCCGCAGAUCCAGUGGGUGGACAGGCACGUGCCCAAGCGCGUCAUCGAGUACGUGGAGAGGAUCGUCGAGGUCCCGCAGCCCCUCUACCAGGAGUCCCCAGUCGAGGUGCCGCAGGUGUUCAACGUCGAGGCCACGACUCGGAUGCCGGUGCCGCAGAUAGAGACCUUCGAGAAGGAGAUCCACAGAUAUCAGGCUCCACGCCGGGGAUGCGCCCACGUCCACCGACCUGGGGGCGUUCCCCGGAUCUCGCGGACCGUUUGGCAUGCACGCCCCCGCCCUCGGGGGGGUGGAAGGCACCCACAGCCAGCGCGGGUCUCAAAAGAGAGUGGAAGGGCUCCCGAUACACUGUUGGCUCGCCGACAUUGGUCGGCCUAGCUUUUCUUCCGGAUGCGACAUUUUGCCGGCUGCGCAGGGCAUGGGCCCAUGGCGCAGCCCUCCUGGGCGGAGCGCAUCCGCUCGCGCGCUCGCUCGACGGCAUCCCGGUGUCGACCCCGCGCUCCCCGUUCGACACUGGCCCUUGCUGCAUCCAGCGCUCCCUAGACCCUCGGGGGCGCAUCCCCGGCUCGGUGGACGCGGGCACGGUUUUGAAUUUUGGUUCAGCGCGUCGCGCCGCCAGCGCUGGCGCACCACGCUCCUGCGCGACGGGCUGCUCAGAGGAGGAAAAGGCACCGAUGCCGCUGCCCUGGUCUCGGUUUCGCCGCUCUGGACCUCCUGGGAGGUCCUCGUUGCCGCCGCCGGAUUCGCCUCGAGAAUCUCUGGCCAGAGCGCACUCCGGGCGGAGUCUGGGGAGUAGCGGUGUCGGUGUCUUUCCUGGCAUCGUUCGGACGUGUGCAUUUUUCUUUCGGCGAGGACCACCGAGGAGCAUCCUUGAUCACUUGGCG